GGCGCUUUUUCUCCAUGCGUGUUUCCUACGAAGCACAUGCCGUGAUUUCAGGUGUAAAAGAAGUUUAAGGAAGUCCUUUAUUUUUCGGGGGAAAUUUUAAAAUUUAGCACUGUAUUUUCUAUUUAUCAUUACUUCACAAUUCCAUUGAAGAACUACCUGAAGUUAAGCAUCUUUUACAAGCAGUCUUUCUAGCAACUUGUCUUUGAGAAAUAUGGCUCAGAAGAUUUUCAAUACUAUUGGCAAAAUAGGACUUGGUCUUGUUGCUGUUGGUGGUAUUGUCCAAACUGCUCUUUUUAAUGUUGAUGGGGGCCAUCAGGCUGUAAUAUUUGAUCGUUUCCGUGGAGUGCAAGAAAGUGUGAUUGGAGAAGGAACUCAUUUCCUUAUACCAUGGGUUCAAAAGCCAAUAAUUUUUGAUUGUCGAUCUCGACCCAGAAAUGUACCUGUUAUAACUGGUAGUAAAGAUCUUCAAAAUGUCAACAUCACAUUGAGAAUUCUGUUCAGACCAAAUAUUACAUCAUUACCUAAGAUUUAUACAAACCUUGGUGUUGACUAUGAUGAAAGAGUGUUACCAUCUAUCACAAAUGAAGUCUUGAAAGCAAUUGUUGCUCAGUUUGAUGCAAGUGAACUGAUCACUAAUCGAGAAGUGGUGUCCAUGAGAGUAUCUGAAGAACUUAUAGACCGUGCCAGUGCUUUUGGGUUACUCCUUGAUGAUAUAUCUUUGACCCAUUUAACUUUUGGAAAAGAGUUUACUGAAGCUGUAGAAUUGAAGCAAUGUGCACAACAGGAAGCUGAAAAAGCCAGAUAUCUAGUCGAGAAGGCUGAACAAAUCCGACAGGCUGCUGUUACUAAUGCAGAGGGAGACACAAGAGCUGCAGAGUUAUUAUCUAAAGCAUUCACUGAAGCUGGUGAUGCUUUAAUUGAACUUCGCAAACUGGAAGCAGCAGAAGAUAUUGCCAACCAGCUUUCUCGGUCUCGGAAUGUCAUUUACUUGCCCCAAGGACAAAAUACUUUGUUAAAUUUACCUUCUAUGUGAAACUAAAAGCAGAUAAUAACAAUCUUGUAGGAUGUGAAAAUAAAUAGCUUAACAGUCAUUUUGGAUUAUGAGAAAUAAAAUUCUUGAUUCA